AUGGCAGCGGCAGCUGAGAAGGCUAAGGAAACUCAUAGAAGUUUUGAUGUCAGCUUUAAACUACGCGUUGUAGAGAUGGCAGAGAAGAGCAAUAAAUCAAAGGCUGCUAGGAUUUAUAAUGUAGAUGUCAGAAGAGUGCGUGAAUGGUGUCAGCAAAAGAGUGAAUUACUUGAGAAGAAUAAGUGUGGCCAGUCUACAAGCAAGCGACUAGGUGGAGGUGGCAGAAAGGCCUUAUAUCCCGACAUGGAAGAAGUCCUGCUUGAUUGGAUAGUAGAUGUUAGAUCUAAGCAUCUAAGAGUAAGCAGACAGAUGAUUGUUGAUAGAGCAAAGGGCCUAUCUCGUGACUCUGCACCAGAGUUUAAGGCCAGUAGAGGCUGGCUAGGCCGUUUUAUGAAAAGGAAAGGUCUAUCCCUAAGAAGGAAAACAACUGUCUGCCAAACAGUCCCAGCUGAUUGUAUUCCAAAGCUAAUAAGUUUCAUUUUGCAUAUACGAAAACUUCAACAGCUUCACCAGUUUCGGCCAGGAGAUAUUUUUGCAAUGGAUGAAACGGCCUGUUGGCUUGAAAUGCCAGGAGAUACAACAGUUGCCACCACAGGAGCAAGAUCUGUUCCACUGAAAACAGCAGGUCACGAAAAAGACCACUUCACUGUUAUUCUUACUGCAAGAGGCAGACGGGAAGAAAUUAAAGCCAUUCAUUGUGUUUAA